AUGGGUGACUGUAACCUAUGGGAAGAUCGAGAUGUUCGUUUUGAUAUCACCCUACAGUAAGUUUGAUUUAGCAAUAAUUUUUGGCAUUAUAAUAUGUAUUUAAUGCAAUUUGAAUUGGUGGCGUUUUGUAGACAUGAUCAUGAUGAAAUCUGAGAAAUUUAAACUUAACUACAGGGUAUAGGUAAGAUUUCCGUAUAAACCCAUACAUUUAUUAUGCAUGCAGCAAUUUCAUACUUUUUCUCACAAAUAGUUUAAAAUGAAUAAAGUCGAAACAUGUUAUGCAUAAUAAGUGUAUGGGGGUUGUACGGAACGUAAUCGACAUUUUUACGGUUUUUCAACUUUUUAUAUGAACCAGUAGUGAAAACCCGUCGAGACCACUGAAAAGAGCGCCUUGAAAUUAAUAAAACUGCCAAAUUUGAAAGUGAUACGUCUUUAGCGAGCAAAGAUAUAGCUCUGUAAAGUUGCAAAAAUUUACAGACGUUUGUAUGGUUUUCGACAAAUUACUUUCAAACUUGGCAGUUUUACUAAAUUUCAAGGUGCUCUUUUCAGUGGUGUUGACAGGGUUUCCCAAAAUUGUCCAUGUUAAAAGUUGAAAAAAAACUGUGAAAAGGUGUAUUCCUGCAAUAUAACAUAUAUCACAUGGAUUGUCUUCAAGGGUCAUAAGGCCAUCCUCUUUUUUUCUCCGUUUAGUGUCGUCCAACCAACCCAAAUUUUUGGCAUCUUCAAAAAAAAAAAAAGUAACGACGUAGUGAAACCAUUUUUCACUUGAAAUAAUUCUUUUAAUCUGAAAAAUGAGCAUAGUCACAGCAUAGAGAAAAACAGGAACAAAAACAGGAACAUUUUUAACAGUAUACUGUGCAUUUUGUUAAUCCAAAUCUGUGAAUGUUAACUUUUGACGUCAUCCUGGGGUACCAGGGCCUCCUAUUCGGAGACUUCUUGUGAUUUUUUUUUUAGGUUUUUUUUUCAAUCCAACAUACCGACAACAUCAGGAAACGCAUUUGACGCUAAAUGAAAAAAAGGGGGAUGGCCUAAGUCCCAAACCAAUCAUCAGACAUUUGCUCUCUUGGGAAUAAGAUUCGUUAGUCAGCUCAAUGUUGACUUUGCUUUUUAUAAUUUGUCACAGGCAGAUGCAGUUGAGACCAGGAGAGGCAAGUUUGUUUCUCACUUUCUCAGAGAUUCUUCUUUAUAGACUCCUUUUUUUAAUUAGAGCUUACAUGUUGUGCUAGGUUCUGAUCGACAAGCUUGAUUCUGUUGAAGACACCAAGGGAAACAAUGGUGAUAGAGGUAUCAAAAUAAAAUGAUUAACUGUAAAUUUUACAGAAUGCACAAUUAUGUUAUAUAUGUGCACAGUGCUAUAGAUUCAUGUUAUGAAACAGCACAGAAUCAGUAUGCAAAGGUACAAAGCUUCUUUCCAUAACUAAUAUUUCACAACUUCCUUGUCAGUUUAAACCUGAACAAAUGAGUUUGAACAGUGCAUCAACAGAAGGCCAUGCAAAUUUCAUCUAACAUGGUAGCUGUGCAACACUGACUUUCCUCACUCACUGAGAUAAGUUUUGCCCUUUCACUCCCAAAAAAGUUUGAAUCCCAAAAGACAAAUGCAAAGCUCCAAGACCCGUCUGCAAAAAAUGCAGGACUCCAAGGCUAAAAAGAACACACAAAACCGAGACUUUGAGACUCAUCAUUCAAGAUUUCGAGACGGAGGCAAAAUUUUCUGAGACCCAUGUUUUUCCAGGUACCAUUCGCCAUUCCUACAAGGAAGACUCUAGGCACUUUAUCCAAAAUUACUCAGGGCACUAAUAUUAAGUUUCACCCCUUUAAUUGAUGGUUGGUGCAGAAUAAGGCCUAAAUUAUUUUCUCCCCUUUACCUUGGUGUUAGAUUAAUAGUGACUUAGGGUCCUAUUCCGUACAUCCAGUCUUCUUACCAGGAUUUUCUCAUCCACUAGGGUCCACAGGACCCAUAGAGAAGGUAAAAGGGGGUCAGGGGGAAGAUAAGUGGGUCACAAUUUUCGAUACAGUUUACUCAGUGUUUUCACAGGUCUGAGUUAGAGUAAAUACCUCACACUUCCUUUGAUAAUGAUGGGUGUUUUGUAAAGAUGCCAUAACCAAUAAUAUUAAAUUUUGGCUUUUAUUAUAAGGAAAUGUAUGUGUAAAUAUAUUAUUAUGUAGGUUUUGUAAUAGUUUUUUUUCCUUCUUUGUGCCCUUGGGACCCCGGGGGGGGGGGGUGUUACUCGGAUUUCAAGUGACAGGGAUAAUCAAAGGAUUUUUUAGGGUUUGGAAUUUUCGAUUUUGGGAUUUUUUUGGGUGGAAAAUUAUGGCAAGUAUUUUUCGGGUAGCUUGAUUUAAGUAGGGAUUUUUUUGGGCAUUCAAAACAAUCUGAGAAUUCAUGAUAGUUCCCACCGAUCCAGGCCACAUAGUUCCGCGAAUAAAUUUUUAUGGGUUGGAAAUUCAUCAUGGGAUUUUUGGGGGGUUAAAUUUUAGUUCAGGGAUUUUUUCUAGGUUUUGUUUGAAACCCUAGGGAAUUUUUUUGGGUUUUCAUUUUCCCCCAUAUUUGAUCGUCCCUGUCACUUUAAAUCUGGAGUACCCCCUGGGCUUAAGACCCCUUGGGCUAAUUAAAGUGCAGCAUUUCCUGAAAAAGUGCAGCAAUUUAGCGGUCGGGUAAGAACACUAUACAUCCCUUCUAUUAACAUUCUAAUAACUUCAUAGAUACUGUGCUUUGUUUGUAGGAAGACUUCUUGUUACCAACCUAAGAUUGAUAUGGCAUUCACAAAGCAUGCCCAGGGUUAAUUUGUGUGAGUAACUUUGCUUGCCCCACUUGAUAUAGAUAUAUUGAUAUACUUUGUUGCCGCGUAGUUCUGCAAAUAAAAUUCAACCAAUUGCAAACUCGUGGGAUUUUUGGGGGGGGUUGAUAUUUGGUCCAGGGAUUUUUUUGGGUUUUGAUUUUUGCCUCCAUUCAAUCAUUCCCAUCACUUGAAAUCUGAAGUGCCCUCCCUGGGCUUUAUGAGUCAAACAAGGCAAAGGGGCAUUAUGUGCGUGAGAUGAGAGAGGAGAAAAGUAAAGCCCCUUGUCACAUGCUCUGCGUGAAAUGCCCCAUUGGCCUCACUUGGCCCAUAAAGUGCUUGUCAUGCAGGCUAGCUUUAUCCUUCAGUUUCUUUAAUAUUUAUUUCAGCAUUGAUGUUGAUAAAUAUAAAGAUAUUUUGCCUUGAUUUGCUUCAUCCUUAUUCUUAUAUUUCCCCUUUUAAUUGAACUGAUCCAGCGCUGAGUUUUGUAAUAUUAUUAACAAUGAUAUCAUUAUUUUUUUUUUUUUCAUUUUUGAAGCUGUGGGCUUUAGUUGUGUUGUCAAUGUGUCUACAAGAUCAGCAAAUUCGGUAUGUGCUGUUGGUUAUUGCAUCACACAGGGCAGUCAAAACUGCCAGAGACUCCAUUCAUAAUGAUAUAUCUUACAGUAAUUCAAUUCAAGAACAGAUGAGAUCCUUUAAGUACCUCGGUGUGAUAGUAGAAGAAUUGUUAUCUUAGAACAGUCACAUAAUGCUGUUUCAGGUCAAAAUUUUUUAGCCUAGGAUGAUAGGGCAUUUGCACGAAGAGGUCAUGUGACAUCGUUUUGAAAAUGAAAAUUAUAUGAUUUUGCCUUCGAAAAACCAUUAGUGGGUCAUAUCUUAAACAAAAUAACGGUGAUUUGGUUUUUCAAACCCGCACCAUUUUCUUAAAAUGAGUAAGUUCGUAGCUGGUCACGUGACCAAAAUGUGAUUUUUAAAAUUAUGGAUUACCGGUAUCUCUUUCUGAACACAAAUUUUGCACUUAAACUUCAAGGAAGAUGUUGAAAAAUAAUGUUGUCAACAUCUACAACAUCUGAGCGUAAAAAACAUUUAACAAGAUACCAUAAAAGUAGUUUUAAAAAAAAUUCAUGUUGGAGGGCAAGAAAAUGCUCUCCAACAUGGUCAAACUAAGUCUGUUUUUGUUGAAAAAUCAAAGUGCCAUAAAAUAUCUCCCUUAAAUGCGUUUCCUCUCAAAUUUCAGGUGUAAGAUAAUUUUUAUGUGCUCUGUCAAUUUUUGUGAUCAGCGAGAUUCCAAGUCAUUGUUUAAAGGAAGCAUGGUCACGUGACCUCUUAGUGCAAGUGGCCUAUUAAUGUGAUUUUACCGAUUUUACCUUGUUUCUGAAUCCUAAUUUACUGCCUUAUUGUUGAAUAUGUUAGAGUUAUAUUAGGAGGCAAAAAUAAGAGAAUCACCUACAAGUGGCAACAAAAUUGGUUGGGGCACUUUGCCUUAUAAGGGCCCUUCUGACGCUUUGACGUUUUCUUAACUCAACUGACAUCAAAUUGAAGUAUUGAAAUGUACUGCAAAACUGUUUUCAGGAUUGUCAAAAUAUCAGAGUAUGAUUUCAUAGCUACUAUAGUAAAUAAUUAAAUCCUAUGUGAAGAUUUUUUGUUUGUGUUAUUUGCUUCUUUCUAUGACAGAAUCAUAACAAUAAAUUAGAUGUAUGUAAUUAAUCAGCAGGAUCAUUUUUUUAAAAUUUUAUUGCAGAAACUUCGUGGUCAAACAGAAGCUCUAUAUAUUUUGACAAGAUGCAAUAACACAAGAUUUGAAUUUAUAUUUACAAACUUGGUGAGUGCAAAAAUUAUUGAAACCUAUUGAAACCUAUUGAAACCUAUUUUUUUUUUCACACCUUCUUAGCGUACAACCAAAAAAAUGUGGCAAGUAGUUUAGAGCCUGUCUGUUCAGUACUGUAUUAACUUUGUUAAACUUAGUUUUCAAUGGGUAUAUUUGAGUCCUUAGCAGAUUAGCCUGUGCCACAGAUGAAACUAGACUUUGGUUAAGUCUGUCUGUGAAACAGUGCCGAAGUCCUUGUUCUGGGUUCGCACUUGUACCUGUGUACCAGGAUUUGAGUGCGCAUCAUGUUUGGCCUGCUAAGAAAGAUAUUGUCAAUUUGCCAGUCAGGUUGAAGCGGUUAAUUCGAAAUGCAUUUUCCAGUAAAUGUGUUAAAUUCGUUAAGAACCCAGAACAAGGAUUUGGGCACUGCUUUGCAGACUUUACUAACCAAGGUUAAGUUAUGGCUGCAACAGAGGCUAUUACCAGACUAACACUUGUAAAGUUUGAGAGAAGGUUAACCCUAUAAACCCUAAGAUCAAAAUUAAAAUUCUCAUUUGUCGUCCCUAUUCAUUUACUAUAGAAGUAGUGGGGAGAAUUUGCUAAAAUAUCGAGCACAUUCAUCUUGUGUGAUUAUGUCUGUAAUUCUCAUGACCACUCUGUUUUACAAAGCAUUGAUAUCACAAGGAGAAAUUUGAUGCUUAUCCCUCUUAGGACUUAAAGGGUUAAGUAUUUACUGUCACUUAAAUAUCAUAUUUUUUAUUUUCUCCUUGAUUUUACCAUAACAACAGGCAAGAUCUGUCGUAAUUUUUUCAGGUUAUUUUUUUCACUGACUGUAUGGCAUUAUUUAUUUACUUUUUUGUCCAUUGUAGGUAUCUGGUAGUCCAAGGCUUUUUACAACAGUUAUAUCAGUUUUUAGGUAGGUCCUAGUUUUUAUAAUAUAUAGUCAUACACUCCUACGUAUGCAACCCUCUUUCAUAAGAAACCACCUUAAGUAUUCAAAACAUGGUUACUGAUUGUUCAUGUUUAUUGUAUGUGCUUCAAUACUUGGAGAAUGCAAGGCACUUAAUUAAGUGACAACAUAGCACUGCUCUUAAACUCAGAAAUUGCAUGCAGAUUUUAUACUUCUGUUAGUCAAAUAACUAACAAUUAUUGGACAAGGUUAAGCCAAAUAUUGUGAUUUGUCAGUGGUGAGCAGAUCAAUUAUUCGGCUUCAGCGAAUAAUUGAUCUGCAAGAUUAUUUUGCAGUCACUGAGUUCAAUAAUAAUUGUUUUAUCAUUGGAUCACUGAGUUUGUUUUUUAAUGAAUAUCCAUGGAAACUGAAGUGUUCGGCCACUUUCAUGCAAGGGCAAUCGCAAGAAGGAGAAAAGUGUAAUUUCAUUUUAAUACACAUGAGCAGAAUAUUAUUUGCAGCCAAACACAGUUGGACAACAUUGCACAUGAGCAGACUAUUAUUUGUGGGCAGUUAUUUGCAGGUCACAUGGUGGCCUCUCCGCCAAUGAAAAGGAAGAAAAAUUUGCAUUGAAUGAUUAGUGAAUUUGGCAGGCCUGUUCUCUUUAGAGGUCUCCUUUCAGUUGUUUGACUUGUUAGCAAUCUUGUUGCAUUUUCAGUUGUCACUGAAAGCAUGUUCAACUGUGAUAAAUAUUACAUAAAUAUAUAGCUCUCUGUUACUACAUGCUCUGUGUUUGGUCAGUUUAGUGGCUCAUACAGUAUACAUUGUUCUGCUGUAUGGCCCACUUGAAUUCUUUUUUUCCAACACAAACCAUCCAGAAAAAUAAAAAUUAUAUAGUAUUUUUUUGAAACAGUAAAACUUUUGACUCUCAGCCUUAUUUUUUUCUUCAGAAUUGUACAUGUAGUCCACAGUGUAUACACUUAAAAAUUGGGCUGUAAAAAGAACUUUAUCCUUAACUAACAAUAUCAACCUAAAACUCAUUUUUAGGAGGUAUUUACAACAUGACAUAUACAGGAUAGGUAUUUUAUGUGAGUCAUGCCAGAGAGUACCUAUGACUUUUUUUUAAUAUAGGGCGUAUGAGUCGUCCAAGCUUUAUCGUGACCUGAAGCUACGUGGAGCUCUGAUCCUCAACAAGCAGCUACGUCUGUUACCCCUUGAGCAGGUUUAUGAUAAGGUAACAAUAAACACAGCCUCAGAGUGCUAGUAUCCAUGUAAGGAAUGGGUAGAAUAUGUUUGACUGAAUGGAACUUUAAAGAAACUGAUACCCAGUAUGUUGUAGUCAGAAAGGUCUUAUGGUUGAUGUAAUCAUACUUGCAGCAUUGUUGCAUGUUGUUUUUAUUUUAGCCUUUAGGGGCUAUUGGUGGUAUAAAAGAGGACGUAUCUUUUUCCUCUCUACUCCCCCGUGCUCCCUGAGAGCUUGCACACAGACCAUGGUCUUGUUAUAUUUGCUAUUUAGCAAUGAUUAGAUGCUUAUGUCAAUAUUGAUGUUAAGACCGUGUCUUCUUUUGUCUGUUCAUGUGCAAGUUCAGGAUAUAGAAGAUGUUUAAUCUUACUCACAUUCUUCAAAUAGUAGUUGUCAUCCAUUGACUAGUAAUUUUGCCCCUCUGGUUACGUUUUUAGGCAGAAGGUCAGCUGUUACUGUUUGAAAAAUACGUGAAUUUUUUGCCGUUUUCUCCAGCUGUACCAAUCAACUGAGCUAUCUCAACCUCGUUCCCAACGCUUCCCAGCUGCCAUCCCAUAUUCUGGCAUUAUCCUGUACUACAUCCUUUUACCAGAUGUUGCAAUUUAUGCCUUUCAAAUUUGUACAAUGUUAACUGGUUAUGAAAAAUUAGCCAGAGGAUUUGAGGGAAACAGAAACAGAGAAUACUUUAAAUGAAUAAUGAUGGUAGUUUAACCAUACUGAAAUCAUAAUGUCGUCUUUGUAGAUCAAUGGUGUCUGGAAUCUUUCCAGUGAUCAGGUAGAGUCUUCCCUUGAUUACCACCAAUGUCUGUGGCUCUUAUUAAACUCAAUUCAAACAAUGGCUUUUUAAAACAGUGAUGAUGACGACGACGACGACGACGACGACGACGACUUUUGCUUUAAGUGGUUCUAAAUCAUAUAAAGCUAAUUAUGAAGUUCUUGAGAGUACUGUUUUGUGUCCAUACCAAAGUUUAUUUCAAGAAUUAUGUUGGCUUUUUCAACCAAAACUGGAUAUGAAACUCAAUUAUGCCCUUUAUACUACUACAUGAGAAAUUUCUGCAAUCUGAUUGGCUUAGAGCAGUGAUAUUUCAGCUUAAUUUGAAAUACCUACAUGUGAAAAUUACAAACCUUUUUCAGGUAGUAGUAUAGCGUAAACAAAUAAUAGCAUGAUUUGUACGUGAUAUUUAACAUAAAUACCACUUGCGAUAUUUCAAAAUUGUCUCAAAUCUCACUCGCCUAAUGGCUCGUGAAAUUACGUAUAACAAUUUCGAAAUAUCACUCGUGGUAUUUAUGCCAAAUAUAACUACAAAUCAUGCUAUUACCUAUACUAAUAUUAUCUCCACUGGGCUGGCUUUCUUAACAUAAACUUUACAGCACUUGGAAUUCUUUUCUUAAUUGAGUUGUUAUUCUUUGCUCCUGUUUUCUCUUACUUUAUUCAAUUCAAUUCUACUAUAGUUUGGUUAUUAAUUUUGGUAUUUGUCCUUCGCUACUUCAGGGAAAUCUUGGAACAUUUUAUAUUACAAAUGUCCGCCUGGUGUGGCAUGCAAACAUGAAUGACACAUUUAAUGUCAGCAUUCCUUAUUUACAAAUGGUGAGAUAAGCAAUGUUAUGUGCAGGCUUUAAUUUUUGAUCUGUUUAAAUAAUAAUAAUGAGUCUUUAUUGAUCAUCAAAAGAUAAAACUACAUAUCUUAUGUUACAAUCAUACGGAAGAUAAAAACUAAGAUAAAAAUAUCUACAUAUAUAUAUAUAUAUUUUAAAAGUAUGUCAUUACAAUAAGUGGAGCUUAAAAAUCAACCUAUUUACAAAGGAGUUCAUAAAACGCUGUGUAUUAAUUUUCUGGCGUGCACAGCCUUUUGUCCUAAGAUUAUGUACAUAAGUCUUCUGGACAGGAAUGAUAUCUUUCAGGGGAUGGCAAUCCGUUGAUAUCAAUUUCUUUAAGAUGUUUCGGUCUUGUUUAUGUAAAAGAUUCUUGUUAAAAUCUGGAAAUGAAAUAAAACGGCGUUUAUGGCAUUGGUCUAAAAAAUUUUGUAUAACCGUUUUUCAUUAAUAAUAAUUGUUUUCUAAAUGUCUGUUUAAUAUUUUCAUCACUGUAAUGAACUAAACAAGACUAAGAUGCUUUUGGCCAAAAUAAUCACCACAGUAUACUCAGUUUGGUCAAUUUCUGCUUGAGCUUUCCUAGGAGAGCCAAUAAUUUGCAAAAAGACUGCAGUCGAAGCUCUCGUAAUAAUAUAAGUGACCACCUCCUGAAAUUUGAAUAAGUGUUUAUAACUUAGUCUGAGCUGGUCGCUUACGAAAAUGAGCUCUCGUAGUGACCGCAUGGUAAAACAGUAGAGUGCGGUUGCUUAACAGAGCUUCAGAAACUCAUAAAUAAUUCAUAAAGAAAAAACGAAGUGUUCGUGUUGACAUCAGGCUCUCUGAGUUGUUGUUGCCAUGCAGGCUAAGUGGUUGCUAUGAAAAUGACCUUGAACUUUUACAAGUACAAUUCUGCACUGUACAAGAUCUUAAUCAAUGAACCAUUAGGGCCGUGUGCAGUUUCAUUAAAAUAUUGAUUUAUACGAAUAAGACUCUGGGUGGGUGCUUACAAGAGCUUAAAAACAAAGAAAAUGUCCAGUUAGGUUAUCCCAGAAGUGGUUGUGGUUGCAUGCAAUGUUAAAUCUCACACUUUCUAGCUAGAGUAGGAGCCUGCAACUUGAUAAAUUAUAGUUUCACAUCCGUGUUGUGGUUGACAGCUUUGAAAACAGUGUAUCCAUCGACCAGUAUCACAUGACCAUAUUCCAGACUCAAGUGUCGACCCGUCAUUGCGCAUGUUUUUUUUUAACCCUUUAAGCCCCAAUAUCCACAUACAAAUUCUCCAAACUGGUCUUUAAACAUUUCCUUAAGGAAUAAGUUGAGAGAAUUUGGUAGAUCAAAGCAUUUUCUCUUAGGUGAUCAUUUUAUUACCUCUCAUAACCAUUUCUCUUGGUAACAUAUGGAUAUUGUUAGGAGAAAAUUGAUCUUGGUCACUGUCAGGACUUAAAGGGUUCAGUUAUCUGCUCACAUGUUAAAACUAGUUUCCAACUGAUCACAGGCUCAAUUCCAAUUGGAUUUCUAUUUUCAGUUCCUUUCCAUUUAGUAUUUGGUCCAAGGUGGCCUUUAUUGCACAAUCUGCUACUUUAAAUUAAUUAUUACAUUUCCACCUCUUUCUUUUAAUAGAAAUCAGUGAAAAUAAGGGAUUCUAAGUUUGGACUUGCAUUAGUACUGGAAACAUCUCAACAGGUAACAGGCUAACAUUUUCUCAUUACCAUGAGGCAGUAUUUUUUAAAUUAAUUAGUCACUCCCUUAAGUUUCAAGGGCAGUUAACAAAGCUUUAAAGUUAAAAGAAGGUAAUUUUUAUGUGGUUUUUGAAAUCAUUAUUUUCAGUGCAGUCAUAGAAUUAAGAAUGUGAAGAAUAAACUUUGCUGUUGCAAUGCUAAUGAUAUAGAAGUGGAUAUUCUCAUUUGACACAUUUCCUAGAUUAUUUCAAUUGCACUUUGAAUUUGUAAUGUUUCACUGAAUGGAUCCAAAACUCCUCUGAAACGUGGUCCAAAUUGAGAGGCCUCAUGGCAGUUGAUGACCCCCACCCCUUCUUGGCAGAAAUGCUUUCAAUGUGCAAAAAUUCCUCUUCAAUCAACCCAUUACAGCACAAAAGAGGUAUGUAAGUAAAAAAAAGACAUCUCUACUUCUUAGUUUACUAUUCUGUUGCUGUGCUUUAAGUGUUGGAAUAUUGUCGCUACUGUUCUGUUUUAAAAAGAAAUACCAUUAUUGUUCUUUCUUUUUUCAGAGUGGAGGAUAUGUUCUGGGUUUUCGCAUAGACCCAGCAGAAAAAUUGCAAGAAGCAGCAAAAGAAAUACAAAGUUUGCAAAAGGUAGUUCCCAUUAGUUUACAAAGAUACAGUCGAAGCAGCCAACUCUUGUUACAACCACCUUUGUGAAACCCUGUUUGAAUAGCGGCUGAAACUUUGUAAUGAAAAGCUGUCACUUCAAAGUGCUUGCCACACGCAGUCGCUGCAUGUGAGAAAAAACCUGUGGUGCCCAGGUUACUGACAGAUAUAAAGACACUCAAAACAUUAAGACAGAAUCCAUUAGGAAAUUGAGAAAUCAUUUCAAUUUUCAGUGGACAAAAACCUUGUACCAGAGUGAUUUAAACAAUAUCACAUUCUUUUCUACAUUUUUAAGAGCUAUAGAUGUUAUUAUUAGUUAUCCGUAAUAACACCAAAGAAAAUUUCUAAUGAGAGCCCGAGAAAAUAAAUGUCAAAUCUCACAAAAUGACAUCUUACACAUGAAAUUUACAGAAUUUUGCCUGUGUUUUCACAAUUCUUGUGAAAUUUGACAUUUAUUUUCUCGGGCUCCCAUGAGAAAUAGUCUUUAGAUUACCAAUCAUAUCUAUAGCCCUUGAAAAAUGUAAAAAAGAAUGUGAUAUUGUUUGAAUUAUUCUGGUACAAGGUUUUUGUCCAUUGAAAAUAAAAAUUACAAAUUGUUAAUGAUUUUCUGAAGCUCUUGUAAGUGACCACUCUCUAUUGUUUUACCAUGCAUAUGACCACUUUUUCUAAUUUCUGAGUUGAUCGCUUACUAGAGCUUUGACUGUAAAUCACAAUUUUAUCUUGAAUUUUUAAAGGGCUCUGAGUAACAUUAAAAGAAAUCUUGCCUUUUCUUUCACUCUAAUUUUUUUACUGCAGGUCUAUAGUGCCAGUCCAAUAUUUGGAGUAGAAUUUGAAACAGAGGAAAAGGUUGGUCUCAAAUACUUCCUGCACCAAUAUUAACCCUUUAGGUUCCAAGAGUGACCAACAUCAAUGUUCUCCUAACAACAUCAGCGGAUCAUCAUGAGUAAAGGUUAUGAGAAUUACUAAGUUGAUUACCAAAGGGAGAAUGCUUUGAUCUUAAACCAAAUUCUCUCAACAAUUCUUAAAAGAAAUGUAUGGAGAUCAGUUUGGAGAAUUUGUAUUUGGAUCUCAAGAAAACUCAAAUUUGGGGCACUGAGUUAAUACUAGCCAGUUCAGGGCGUUCAGAUUGUGGGGACAGUACAAAGAGAUCAUGUGAGCAGGAAAAAACAGUAAGGGGGUGGGGUAGGGAGUGAAAGCGAAUGUUGCCUCCUCUCUCCUUGACCUUCUCUUCCUCCUAAUUUACUCCCACUCUCUGACUUUACGUUACACUAUCUGAUCGCCUGCAAGCCACUCCUUGUGUUUCACUAUCCAAAUCUCGCUUAUAACCAUUCAUACGCAGCUGCAAGAAUAUUAUUAAAACAGCUUGUUAUUUUCUUGUUUCUUUUUCAGCCUCAAACAGUGGAUGAAGUGACAGUUGAUCCAGUGCAGGAUGAUAUUGAGAUUGUAAAUGAAGGAGAAGGGACCGAUGCUUUUGCAGUGAGUACUGUCUUUCUAUAUAUUAUACACAUAUUAAUCUACAAUAACACUAGAUGUACCGAAAAGCUAUUACAGCAAUGCAAUAUCUAAAUGUGUUGUUCAGUUCCAGCUCCAGUUCCAGUUUAAUCCUUCAAUCGGUAAUCUUGUCACUAUGGAGUUGCAUUGUCGAAUAAUUGUUCAACCAAUACAGCAAAACCAACCUUACCUUGUGUACACCUAUUUGCUUUGUCAAUAGAGAUGUUUAAUAGUUUUGCAAUAUUGAUCCAGGGGUCCCGUUGGUAAGGACGCUUCAACUUCACAGGCAGCAUCUUUUUUGUCAACAUAGUAGGAAGUUUAAGCAGCGACGUUUUCAACCGGAAGUAGAAUUUUGUGCACUUUGGAGUCGUGAUUUUGAACCAACUGAGUAAACAGGCUCUAUAAGAGUAAAGACAUUUAGCAAUACAAAUUUGGUACCGUCAAGCUUCCGGUUGACGUGCGUCGCUGAAAAACGCCGCUGCCUAAACUCGCUAAUGUUUGGACAACGACACAGAUGACCAAUCCGGCUGUUUAUAAAAGAUAGUACGUGCGCUCUGAUUGGCUGAGAGGUGUGUUUGCAUGAGAGUAUGUAAACAUGGUUUCAAUGUCAAGAUGUUUUGCUGUGCGCGUGGUAAUCAUGCCAGCACAAAUUUGAAAACGUUUUUGAGUUGAAAACUCGACAAGUUUACUUUAUUUACUCAAAUUCUUCGCCUGAUGAAACUUGGAAAACAACAUCCAACAAGUCUCCAAGAUAAAAACCCUUCCCCAUGGAAGGAUUUGUCUUGACUCCGAGACUGGCCUAUAAUGCCUCCCUCAGGAUUUCCCGCUUUGGCAAUCCUUUGUUGACCAAGCUUAUUUAGUCAUGAUAGCUGGAUAUUGACCUUGUUGUUGUUGUUUAUUUCUUUUUUGCUUUUUUGUUGACCUGAACUUUAUAUCGGUUCAUAAAAAGCCAACAAAGAACUUGACCAAAAGCCAGCCAUCUUGACCUCGCGCUUGGUCAAUAACGCAUUUAUACUCAACACGGGUUAUUUUAUGGUAAAAUCACUUAAAUUAUAUGUCACUGUAGCUCUCUUCUCCAUAGAACCGCCCGCUGGGUAUUCCCAUCGUCCCGCGCGCGCUUUCUUUUUCCCCUCUUCCUAGUCUCCCAAAGACACAAAGAGGCCUCACCUUUCUUCCUGUCUACUAAGCUGCUUAUUAUAUCUCUCUCACAGGCAUAUUUUGCUGAUGGAGAUAAAGUAAGUACUACUUAAGCUAACUGUAUCGGUCCAAUAUUUAUUUUAAAUUGUCUGGAGCAGGUGGGUUUCUCUCUGAAUUUACUAGUGGAUUUAUUGUCAACUUCUGCUCCUUGCAUAGCGUGACUACAAAGAAUUUUUUAUGUGGGGAAUGCAGUAUAGGGAAUCAAUAGAGAGAUUUAGAAUCACGUUGACAUAAACCUCAGGUUCAAGUUGACAAUUUCUCAAAUAAGCCCAAAUCAGUAAGCAGAUAAAAACUGUGCAAAAGAAUUCUUAUGGAUAAGCCUGUUAUGAAACUACUUAUUUUUGUGCAGAUAUAAUUAACAGUAAAUGACCAGUAAGAAGAAAAUUUAGUCACGUGGUAGAUAGAUAGAUAGAAACUUUAUUUAUGUGUCAAGAAAGAAAAACUAGCCGAGGGGCAGGCCCUCUACUAAUAGGGGACACCUACAGUUAAAAUAUAAUAGAUACAAUAAUUAAGUAGAUAAAGAAAUGCAUACAAUAUGUUACAAAUUGUUAGCUAAAAUACUAAAGCUGAGUACUAAAAUGCUAAAAUUGUUUCCGAUGAGACAUCAAGUAUCACACAGAAGACAUCCUUUGCAUCCAUCAUCAAUAAGAGAUGUCAGAUCCUUAUUACGCAUUCGGUUUCUAAAAUCACUUAAUGAUUUACACGUUUUAUCAUUUUUGUACAAUUUCACGUUUGUCGUUUUCCGGCGAGCAACAGAUGUACACUUCAUAAUGAUUUGUCAAGAGUGAAUUAGAUGGUUCAGCUUAAUUGUUUUGUUUUCAUUACAGUCCAGUGAUCGUGAACCAGUUUACUCUGACCAGCUUGGACUAGCAGUGGAAAAGCUAAAGGAAGGAUUCACCUUGCAGGGACUGUGGGAAGUCGUUCCCAGUCAGUAG